GCGGGAGUGCGGUACUCUAUCGAUCAUGCAGCGGAGGUUGUCGCUGCUAAUAUCACGGCUACGGUCAAUGUGUUCGAACUAGCGAGGAAGCGGAAUAUCAAAAAAGUCGUGGCAGCUAGCUCGUCAAGCGUCUAUGGCGACUCAUCUACCCCGCCCUUCAAGGA